GAUCGGCUGUCGAUUGUCAGUGCCUGCACGGUGCGCGCGGAGCUCGAUUGGCGCUGUCUGCGGGGGCGGAGUCGCUAUCGCUGCCACCGCCGCCGCUGCCGCGGGCUUGGUUUGUGAGGAAGGGCUUAGGCCCAGGCCUGCUGUGGUGGGCUAGCCCAGGCGCUGGGCUCUUGUCCUGCCGUCCUCUCAGCUCCAACUUCGCCCACUUCCCGACCCAAACGGGCUGGGCACGGGAAGACUUGCGGGAACCAUGGAGGAUGAAGUGGUCCGCAUUGCCAAGAAGAUGGACAAGAUGGUGCAGAAGAAGAACGCGAAAUUCAAAUUGGCAAAUGAAAUAAAGAGAAGGGGAAGUGGUCUGAAUGACUCUCCCUCUUUGCCUUCCAAAGCACGUCAACCCACAAAUAGCUUUUUAAGAGGCUGGAGCAUUGGAUCUACUGAAGGAGCUUAAGAAUAUUCCCAUGACCCUGGAAUUACUACAGUCCACAAGAAUUGGAAUGUCAGUAAAUGCUAUUCGCAAGCAGAGUACAGAUGAAGAAGUUACAUCUUUAGCAAAGUCUCUCAUCAAAUCCUGGAAAAAGUUAUUAGAUGGACCAUCAACAGAUAAAGACCCUGAAGAAAAGAAAAAAGAUGCUGCAAUUACAUCACAGAAUAGCCCUGAAGCAAGAGAAGAAAGUAGUUCCAGUGGCAACGUAAGCAGCAGAAAGGAUGAGACAAAUGCUCGAGAUACUUAUGUUUCAUCUUUUCCUCGGGCACCAAGCACUUCUGAUUCUGUACGGUUAAAGUGUAGGGAGAUGCUGGCCGCAGCUCUCCGAACGGGAGAUGACUACGUCGCUAUUGGAGCUGAUGAGGAAGAAUUAGGAUCUCAAAUUGAGGAAGCUAUUUAUCAAGAAAUAAGGAAUACAGACAUGAAAUACAAAAAUAGAGUACGAAGUAGAAUAUCAAAUCUUAAAGAUGCUAAGAAUCCAAAUUUAAGGAAAAAUGUACUGUGUGGAAAUAUUCCUCCUGACUUAUUCGCUAGAAUGACAGCAGAGGAAAUGGCUAGUGAUGAACUCAAAGAGAUGCGGAAAAAUUUGACCAAAGAAGCCAUCAGAGAGCAUCAGAUGGCCAAGACGGGUGGGACCCAGACUGACUUAUUCACAUGUGGCAAAUGUAAAAAGAAGAAUUGUACUUACACACAGGUACAAACUCGUAGUGCUGAUGAACCGAUGACAACAUUUGUUGUCUGCAAUGAAUGUGGAAAUCGAUGGAAGUUCUGUUGAGUUGGAAGAAAUGGCAAAAUGUCUGGACCAUUAAAAAAUGGAUUUUGUAAUUAGCUUUAAAACUAGGCCAAGCAUCUAGUUUACGUGCAAAUCAGAUUUUUAAAGUAACAUACAUCCCUUUGGUUAGUCUUGGUUUUUGCCAUAGCAUUCCUUCCUUAAAUGCCUUCUGUAGUUUCAGAUCAGUAGGGAGACCACAUAAUAAUUGUAUAGUUUCUGUUUCAAAACAUUUUUUUUUUCAUUUUUAUAGUAAGUUGAUAUUAAACUCUUAACAGUUAAACUUCUGGCAAUUUAUUUUUACUUUUUUUUCUUUUGAAAGGAAAAUGAACCUUUUUAAAAGUCCAAACACACAAAGUAGGAAUACUCUUCUUCUCAGUUAAUACAUAAAAAUGGAAAUUACAUUUUUCCCCCAUAUUGGCACAUACAUGCAAAUAGUAAAGGAGGAGAAAAGGUAAUAUAAGUUUAUCAGAUGUGGUGUAUAUUCAGGUAAUACUUGACCAGCUUAUCUAAAUUGUACAUAAUAUUUGAACAUAUAAUAUUAUGUUCACAAGUCUGGGAUAAUUAGAUAUUAUUUUGCAUUUGUAACUAACUGUGAUAAUCAUUUCUUGUACAUGUUUAUGACUUUUUCUUACUAGAUUUUACUUUUGGAAACAUGACUUGACUUUGUUGAAAUCAGUUUGGUUUUGUUGUUUAUUUACCUGUUUGACUUUGUAGUUGUACUUUAGUUUUGCAGAACACUCUUGUAGUUUGGUAGGUUUUUCAUAAAUCCCAGCAUAGGCAAAGAAUGAAAGCUUCUGACCAUUUUUCCCCUCAUAGGAAGACAAACUUGGAAGGAAAUAUUAGCAUUUUAGUACAGUAUAGUUACUAUAAACAGAUAUGACUUGAUUUUUGAUUUGGAAAUCUUUACUGACCAAGGAUUAAGUUUAAGGACUAUAUAGAUCAUUAGAGCUGUGGUCUUUCCAUAUGGAGGUUGAUAGAAAAUAUUUUUGUCCUGAGUUGAAUUUGGUCUUUUUCUGUUAUACCAUGAAUGAGGUUGUUCAACAAACCAAAUAUAUGGGCUAUAAUGCAGUUGGUUUUACAGUACAGAUCUUAUACUUAAAAUUUAUUUUUUACAUGUGUACCAUUUGUUUUGUUAGGAAUAAGAAAAAAUGAUUUCCUUAGGGAAUGUUCCUUAGGGUACACUUGUUCUAGCAUAUCUUAAAGGCCAUUUUUACAAAGGCCACAUUUUAUCAUGCUAAAUCUGUAUUCUAUCAUACUCCUAUAGGAAGACUUCAGUACAUGCUUUGCACUCCCCUUUGCUCCCUUUUCCCAUUUUUUUAAAAUGCAAAUCAAUUUGAUGUAAUACAGAAAGCAACAUUAAAGGUUCAUGUUAGGACCACAUAUAUGAGCAUUGGCCCACUGGUACCAUCCUAUCUCUACUUUGUUAUUUCACAGAUUAACUUUAUCACCUAAAAAAAAAAGUGCAUUUUUGGAAGAAUGAGUUUUGGAAGAAUAAAACUAAAAUAGUCACACUUUUAAAUUAAGUGAUCCAUUUUUAAAUUUGUAAUUCAAUAAAGUUUCUUGUUAUUAAACAUGUA